AUGCACGAUGCCGGCUUUGACCUGCUCUGCGAUCAAGGUGGCCUAGAGGAAAUGGUCAAUAUCCUAUCCACCUACAUUGCCUUCUGCAGAGAGGCUACACCCUCCGACCAGUCUUCGGCACCGACGACUUCUUCGAUUCAAGCAGCCAUCUGGGCUCUCAGCCAUGUCCUUGUCACCCAACGCGGCUCGACCUGGUCGCGAGCAACCGUCGUAGUCGAAAAUCUUACUCGCAUUGUCUCCCUGGGAAAGUCCAUGUCUCUUCGAGGCACAGCCUGGCUUGGUCUUUGCUUUAUUGCCUCCUCGCAAUGUGGCGCCAAUCUGAUUAGCCGACUUGGUAGAUCCUCAAAGCCUGAGCCCCCGCAGCCUAUAAUCACCUGGUGCGUCGUGCGCACGGGUCGCCUCUACCAUAUUUCGCCUCUGCUACCUCGUCAGACUCUCUGCCUCUCACCAAAGCUCGACCGCGGCAACCUGACGCCCACUGAGAACACCGGGGAUUUGACAGACCCUAAGCCCGCUUUUGCCAACCUGCCAUCUCGAAAGAUCUCAGCACCCCCCAUCUCAGACAAGGAGCGGAACGCCCUAUUUUGUGCAACUUGUGAACAAACGCAGGAGCUUUUUGAACAGCGAUACGGCCCAAUGGUGUGCUCUGACUCUCACCACCCCCCAAAAAAUGCUCAUCAGCUGUCCUUGAACACCACCUCGAGUCUGCCUCGUCCAACUUCUCGUUGGUUUAGCCAGUUUCCCUCCGGCAACGCGACCCCCUCUGUUCUCCGACCCGCUUUUAACAUCUUUAAGGCGCUGUCUAUUAAGUCACGUGGCUGUAGGGGUGCCUGUUCCAAGUCGAGCGGGAGCUCUAACCAGGCACCUGAACAACUGCGGCAGGCACUGGCGGGAAUAGGCGGCAAGGAUGAGGUCACUGUGACGACAGCGACCAACAACACGCCCAAUGAGGGCUCCAUUGACAACCUGAGUGCGCAGGAGGCGGCGACAGUCCAGGGCAUGCGACAGGUGGUCAGCGACGGCCGUCUUGAGGAUGCACAACAACAA